GGCGUGUCUCAGAGCGCGUCCCCGCACAGCCCAUCGCGUGGUCUUCCUUGGCUUCCAUAUUGCGGCGAUAGCCUCGGGAUUCCGCCCGGUGAUCGAGCGUCCGGUGUCCAGCGAUCUCCUCCUCUUAUCCUUACGUGAUCCGUGCAGAGAGGGAAGCCCGGCUGGUCGGAGCGCUGAUCCCCGCCCGGGUGGUGGUGGGCAAGGGAGAUGGCGACUCAGGUAGAGGCUCCGCUUAUGCCACCGCCGCCCCUGCAGCAGCAGCCACCACCGGACGCGGAGGAGAGACGGUCGGAGGGAGGCAAACCAGAGCACGGGCAGGACGGCGACGAUGGGCCGGGGCGCAAGGAGUUUGUGGAAGCUCCACCGCCCAAGGUGAACCCCUGGAUCAAAGGCAAUGGGGGCCCCGGGGGGCCGGUGAACGGACAGAUCUCCGCAGAUCCUCCGGCGCCUGCCAAGGUGGUGAAAGCUGGUGCCAAUCGGCCAAGACGAGGCAGCAAGGUUGGAGAUUUUGGUGAUGCCACCAACUGGCCAACGCCUGGAGAGAUUGCCCAUAAAAGCACACCGCCUCCUCAGAAACUACAGCCAACCAGGAGGUCAUUCGUAAAAAAGGAGAUGAAAGAAGAGAGUGCUGACGGAAAGGAGAACCAAAGAGUAAAAUCUGAUGAGUCCAGUGAGGAGAAGAAUGGGGAUGAUGAUGGUCAGAGAUCAUCUCACAAAAAGAAAGGAAAUAAACACAAGUGGGUUCCCCUGCAGAUCGAAAUGAAACCAGACGGGCCAAGAGAGAAAACUGCUUCAAGGAACAAUCGUCAGAAUGAGCAGCAGCGUCACGCCCUGAACAGGAGUGACCCCAAAGCUUGGUAUCCUGAUAACAAGCAGGAGAGGGACUGGCCUGAUUAUGAUGACACUUCCAGUGUGAAAAGUGAAGGAGCAGUCCGAGGUGGCUUCAGAGGAAGGGGCCGUGGACGGGGAAGAGGGAGAGGACGUGGGCGUGGUGGCACUCGCUCUCAUUUUGACUAUCAGUAUGGAUACAGGAAAUUUGACGGUACCGAUGGGCCUCGGGGUCCUAAAUAUUCCAGUAAUAUUACUUACUACUAUGACAACAUGAGCAGUUCGGAGCUGUACAGCGUUGAUCAGGAGCUGCUGAAGGAUUACAUCAAGAGGCAGAUAGAAUAUUACUUCAGUGUGGACAACCUACAGAGAGACUUUUUCCUGCGCAGGAAGAUGGAUUCUGAGGGUUUCCUGCCCAUCGGGUUAAUAGCAAGCUUUCAUAGGGUGCAGGCUCUCACCACUGACGUCGGACUGAUCGUUAAGGCGCUAAAGGAUAGUAAAGUCGUAGAAAUAAUUGAUGAAAAGAUCAGACGGAAAGACGAUCCCGAUGCUUGGCCUCUGCCCGGCCCUUCUCUCACCGAUGCUUCUCAGACAGACUUCACCCAGCUCAUCAACUGCCCAGAGUUUGUACCAAGGCAAGGAUACCAGAAAGAGACGGAAUCUGCACCUGGCUCUCCACGGACUGCCAGCCCCAAUUUGCCUACUAAAACUGAGGAAGUGAGCAACCUAAAGACUAUGCCAAAAGGGCUUUCUGCCAGCUUACCAGAUCUGGACUCUGAGAGCUGGAUAGAGGUGAAGAAGAGGCCACGGCCCUCACCAGCCAGAGCAAAGAAGCCAGAUGAGGUGAAGCAGCCUGUAGCGCAGACGACACCUGCCCCAGUGACAACCCCGAAACCACCCAAAGAGCAAGAUGAACCGGAAGAGCUGGACUUUAUGUUUGACGAGGAGAUGGAGCAGAUUGAUGGCAGGAAGAACACCUUCACUGACUGGUCGGAUGAGGACUCGGAUUAUGAGAUUGAUGACCGGGAUGUAAACAAAAUCCUUAUUGUCACUCAAACCCCACCGUCACUGCGCAAGCAUCCUGGAGGAGAUCGGACUGGCAACCAUACGUCUCGGGCGAAGAUGAGUUCAGAAUUUGCCAAAGUAAUCAAUGAUGGCCUGUACUACUAUGAGCAGGACCUGUGGACGGAGCAGUUUGAGCCAGAGUAUUCACAGAUCAAGCAAGAGGUGGAGAACUUCAAAAAGGUGAACAUGAUCAGUCGGGAGCAGUUUGACAAUUUAACCCCAGAACCACCUGUCGAUCCAAAUCAAGAAGUUCCACCUGGACCUCCGAGAUUUCAGCAAGUUCCCACUGAUGCCUUGGCUAAUAAACUGUUUGGUGCUCCUGAACCCUCCACAAUUGCCCGCUCCCUACCAACCACAGUUCCUGAAUCUCCAAAUUACCGCAAUGCUCGGACGCCCCGUACGCCUCGGACACCCCGGUUGAAGGAUCCCACACUUACUCCUCGGUUUUACCCUGUUGUCAAGGAGGGCAGGACGAUCGAUGCCAAGACUCCUCGAAAAAGAAAAACACGUCACAGCUCUAACCCUCCCAUGGAAUGCCACGUUGGGUGGGUGAUGGAUUCAAGGGAACAUCGACCACGAACUGCCUCUGUCAGCUCCAACGCCAGUCCCUCUGAGGGUGCCCCAGCUUUGAGCAACUAUGGAUGUACACCUCAGUCUCUGCCAAAGUUCCAGCAUCCUUCUCAUGAGCUGCUGAAAGAGAAUGGAUUCACACAACAUGUUUACCACAAGUACCGCCGACGUUGCCUUAAUGAGAGGAAACGGCUAGGCAUUGGCCAGUCCCAGGAGAUGAACACCCUCUUCCGUUUCUGGUCUUUCUUCCUUCGAGAUCACUUUAACAAGAAGAUGUAUGAAGAAUUCCGGCAGCUUGCUGUUGAGGAUGGAAUGGAAGGCUACAGGUAUGGCUUGGAGUGCCUUUUCCGAUAUUACAGCUAUGGCCUAGAGAGGAAGUUCCGAGUGGACAUAUUCAGGGACUUCCAGGAAGAGACCAGGAGGGACUAUGAGACAGGUCAACUGUACGGACUUGAAAAAUUUUGGGCCUUUUUGAAAUAUUCCAAAGCCAAAAACCUGGAUAUUGAUCCAAAGUUGCAGAAAUUCCUGAGCAAAUUCCACCGGCUAGAGGAUUUCCGAGUAGAUCCACCAAUGGGAGAGGAUGCAGGCUCCAGGAGGCGUUCCUCUCUGUCAGCAGGUGAAGGUAGGAGAAGAUAUCCUUCUCAGUCUUCCAGCAAAGGCUCAGGUCACCAGUCAUCAAAUAACACAACUAAGGAGGACACCAAAGGCCAAAGCCAACCCUCAUCUGCCACCUUGGAUUCCGAAACGUCAAGAGGAGGAAAUUAGAAAGCUUGGAAACAAUGAUGGUUUUUCUUUGGGGGGGGUGAAGAUGUGGGAGAUUUCCUGGCCGUGGGGAGGAACGUAUGAUUCACAAACUUGAGUGGGACUUCCCAUUGGAAAUAAUUAUACAAAAAUCAGAGACUCCAUGUGCUGGAGAAAACUGACUGAUCCCAUGGCUUUCCUGCAAGGGUGGCGGAUGCUUAUCCCAAAACAAAGAAUUUUAGUUUGCUUAGGGAUAUAAAUUUUAGUUUUUCUUUUAGCAGGAACCUGGAGGAAGGGGCUUGUGUUAGGGAGAUAUAUUUUUUUUUUUUCCUUUUUAAAUUAUUGACAUGCCCUGCCUCUGAGCAGGGGGCUGCCUGGGUGGCAAAAUGAGUGCAGGCCUCAUCUCUGCUCUGAUUGCUGAAUGGACGACCAGAACUUUGAUGUUACAGGCUUUGAAAGAACAAGAUGUCAUCACACACGUCUCUGGUGGAAAGUUUGAAGCCUGUUGGAGUUUACCUGCUGUCAUCUUGCGGCUCUGAAAGCAUUCUCUUCCGGUUGCUACGUGGAGGAUCUAGCAGUUGUCCACCAGAUGGCGCUGUAUCUCUUGGUUUCAUUUGCAAGUUCUUCACAGCUCGUUGCUUUCACGACAGCCCUGCUUUUAUUUUUUUUAUUUUUUCCUUUUUAAAGAUAUAUAUAUAUAUUUUUAUUUGUUUUUUGUUUUAUUGUUACUUCAGACUGUGAAAGAGAAAACUACAGAAGACUUUACUAGCAAAUGGCUGCAAAAGAAAAAUGGUAAAAAAAAAAAAAAACUUAAAAAAACUAUAUAAAAAAAAAAACUGCCUUCACUUUCCCUUUAAAAUUAUUGUAAGCGAUGAUUAAACAGAGUACAAAAAGUUGCCUUAUUGUAACCUUGAAACUUGCAGAGAGCUGCCGUUUUCCUAAAAAUUGGCAUCAGUCAAUCAAAAGCAAAGACUGCAGAGCGGUGACAACGCGUGGCAACAAAUUCACGCCCCCUCAUCACUGCCACCCAUUUCAGAUCUUUGUCGCUUGCUGUCUCCAGAGGGUUGUUACUGGGUAUUUACAGAACUGUUUCACUCAAUGCAGAGAAUGACCGUCACCCCCCCCCCCCUCCUUUUUUUUUUUUUUUUUUCUUUUUUCUUUUCCUAUCCCCUUGAAUUAUGGUCAUUGGGUAUUGGCGUGUGUGCACAUAUGUAUGGGCGUGUAUAUCUUUUAUAUACGCAUGUAUACAUAGGUGUAUACACACUUUGUGGGUUGGUUGUUGUGCAUCUGCUGUGUCUUUUAGGCAUAUAAUUCUACCAAAUGUUAGGAAAAGUCCUGGUCCUCCAUGUCCUUGAUGAUCUUGGGUUCUCGACAGGUUGAAAGUAACAAAAACAACAUUUUCUUGACUGAUCAACCAUAUCACUGCCACAUUGUCAUCUGGGCUUUUGAAAGCUGGUACGUCUGAUUAGAAAAAUAUAUACCACCAAGUAGGACGGCUACUUCUCAAAGGUUGAUGGAGAGCAGUGCAAACAAGGUGCAGAAUCCUUUUGUAUGUUUUAGGCUAGGCAUAAACUGCCAUUCCAUGCAAUGUGAACUGACAUUUCAUACUCUAGGUUGGGUCAAGGCAAGCAAUAAGGGUAUCCCCUCAGAAGGUAAAUGUGAUGCCGUGUGACAAACGUAAUGUUAUGAUCCUCAAAUUACUGUAUUCUCCCGUGGCUUUCACACCCCACAUAACGAAUGGUCCCUAUGCAUUGGUCGGUUUUGUUUUACAAGAGUCUCAGAUUUCAACAUAAACUUGGCGUCCCCACGCGGGCGGCCAUUUUGUGAGCUGUUUGUAUUCACUGCAAAGUGAUCAUGGUCUCAGCUCACAGAAUUGGUUCCCGGCUAUUUUCCGAUUCAGCAGCCGCUGACAUCGAGAGGUCGUCAUUUCCUUAAUUUUUAUUUUUUGUACUCCUUUCGAGUACUCCGUUCUCACUGCAUGCUGCAAUUAUCCAGUUGGGUUUCAUUGCAUAAAAUUUAGGGCUGGAUCCUUAAGGAAAUAUAAUGCUGGUGACUUAAUGGAAGCAGAUGGUUCCCUUCGUAUUCCCUGCAGCUGAAAAGGAAAAGUAAAAAAUAAAAUAAAAAAAAGUUCACCAUUGCUGGUGUCUGGGUACCGGCAUUUCCCUACUUUUCUGUUAGCGGUCUUUUGUGGAGUGUGGUUGAGGGGUAGGAAUGAGUGUAUGUAACCCUCAGAAUCCCUUUGAAGACAUCUUGAUGGUGCUUUAAGACAACCUCUCAAUACCCCUCCUUUUUUUUUAUAUUUAUGCAGUGGAAAGGGUAAAUCGUAACCCAAUAUAUGCUUUUUUUUUUUUUAUUUUUUUUUGGGAGGGAAGGGAAUGUUUGCGCUAAGAAAACAUAUAUCUUCUAUUAUGUAUAGAUAUAUAUAUAUAUAGAUAUUGGUCAUGACUACAUGGUUACACCCUUAUUUGGCCUAACUUUUUUUGUAAUAUGUUCAGGUUUUUUUUUUUUGUUUUUUUUUUUUGUUUCAAUUGUUCCUCUUGGAAUUUUGAUAUUUGAGGGGAAAAAAUACAAUUUCCAAAUUUGUUGCACCUUAAACUAGAUUUUUGACUAUUCUAGUACUGGUAGAACUUAACUGGUACUGAGCUACCUAGUGCCGGUACAGGGAAUACCAUUGCCUACUUUUGAGCAGCUUUCUCAAAAGCUACCUGGUGCGUAAUUCUAGUGGCAUUUUUAGCCCUGGGAUGGGCUUCACUUCCCACUUGUUAGGGACAACACACUAGGCUUUACAACUGUUCUAGAUUCUCAAGACAUGAAACUCUUGGCUUCCAGAUAAUCGGGUUCUGGCAUUGUCAUUAUCUCCAAUUACCCCCCUUUUUCCCCCAUGCAAUCAUAUGCCAACCUCCAAAUACCAUACACAUGCAAAGGUUUGACUCCAUGCAAGCUGCUUUCCCUCAACAUGGAAUGCUACAAGUACCUACUCCUGACCCUUAUAGACCAAUAAAUAAUUAAAGAACAGAAAAAUUAAAACCUAAAAACAACAAAAAAAAUGUAAAAUACUUGAAUGAGCGCUUGUAUUAUAACAUUAAUAUUAUUCAGAGUAUCCAUUCUUAUUGCGUUAUGAUUUUGCUUAUAGCUGUGCUUUAGUCAUGGUAAUUUGUGGUAAUUCUACUUUUUCCUUUUUAAUACAAAAAAAUGUAUAAAAAUAAAAACCUUAAAAGACCAAA